AUGCCCGAGGCCUCUAGAGGAAAACCCCGGCCCCAGCCUGCAACACUCAGACCAUCAUAUAAUGUCAGCAACUUCGUCCGAGGCACCGUCACCAACGCAGGCGUCGACAGCUCUGAGGUCGUCAAGAGUCUGUUUGAAUUGCAGGAGGAAGAAAAAGCGAUGCGACAAGGCUCUUCCUUCUUGUGGAAGAUGCACAUAAUUUGCCAACAUGAAGAUGAUCCACCCCUUGGAGGGAGUUCCAGUGUCUCGGGUCACGCGAGCUUUGAAUCGUUGGUCACGCGGUUCACGUCGCCAUCACCCAUGCUUGGCAUGGAUCCCAUUCUAGAAAGCCUGCUAGGCCAGCAAGGAGGCUCCUGUUGGAGUACUACUCUCAGUCCUUCGUUAUUCACAUCCCUAGACUCGGGAGAGAGCGUCCACUCGUUCAUGUUCCGCAGUUUGUCAGAGAUGGUCGGACAGCGAUCCAACGUCGAACAAGUCAUCUCGUUUUACUUUGGGAGCGUGAAUACCUGGUUUACCAUUGUCGAACGAGCCACAUUCGAACCGCAGGUGGAAGAGAUGUGGGCCACCCCGUCUGCCGAAACCGCGCUGCUCGUGAUCUGCAUGCUUCUCAUCGUCCGGACGCCAUACGAGAACACCGCACCAGCGAUGGACGACUGUCUCUACCUGUCGGCCAAGGCUGCCUUCGCUCUGGUGCAGAGCAGGGUUCCAUUAUCAACUUCUCUGUUGCAAUCGAAGCUGCUUAUCGCUUUGUAUGAGUACUCGCACUCAAUGCCCCAGCAAGCAUACAUCUCCCUGGGGACUUGCGUCCAGAUGAGCAAAGCAUUCGGUUGGUUCAACAAAAAUUAUUGGAGUGAGAAACGGCAGCAAUUGCUGCCUGCCGAGUUGAAACUCUCUUCGAUCCAGUGCUGGGCGGUCGUUUAUGUUGACUGUUAUCCGGAUCAGAAGUACCCUCUCAGCGUCGACGAACUGGACUUCUCGAUUCCGUUGCCACAAGCCUUCGACCAGUAUUUGUCGGGGGCCGCAGCAUUAGGUUUCCAAGCCAGGCAGGGGGAACUCGCGGACGCCCACAUUGAUCGAAUCGAGGAUAUAAUCUGGCCCGAGGCAAACUCGGCGUGGUAUCUGAGCACGUUUCUCCACGAAGUACAAGGCCCUACGACGCUAACCCCGGUGGACCGCAACAACCUCACGGAUGCUGUGACAGCUCACACCCUCAAUAUCAUGGGAGUUCGCUGGAGGUUCGGCAACCGUUCUGCGGCAAUCAACGCGAAUUUCAUAACCCUGAUGAAGAUAGACCAGCCAUACCUGAUAGCUGGAGGGCCAGCCUCCCAGACAUUGUCAGGCACUGAUAACCGGCCCGUGAAGACGAUCAACUCGGUUAUCAGCUCCGUGUAUAACAUUUCUCAGUCCCUUAACUCGUCGUCCACAUUUCAGCAACUGGGCUCGGUACCCCCAACCGGUGCUUUUUGCAUGUAUUAUGCGUCUAUGUUGCUGAUCUCUCAUGGAAACAACACCCUCCAAGACAGCGGAUGGCUGCAAAAGAUUGAAAGCUUCCAGCAAAGUCUUCGAAUAUACUCGAGGAGGUGGAGGAUCGCAGCCAAAUACGUUGAUUCGAUCGACCUGGCUAUCGCCACUCGUUUAGGUCAAUUCAAGAGUUAGGCCUCUACCUGCUGGGAUGCAGGGCGGCUUCUGAUAAAUUAUGGCUCCAGAGCUUCUAACAAAGACUUCGAGUCGUGUUGGUCUCGAACUGUGAAGGGCAAAAUAUAUGGUUUUCGGACGAUAUUCGUCUCUACCAUCACGCCGGUAUCGAGCUCAGAACCGUUCCGUCGAUAACCCAGAGGAGGCGGCAGGGACUCUGGAGUUC